UGACAAACUCUGCCAGUUAUACCACAUUUAACACCCUCUGAUGAACUUAAUGCAUGUCUGAAAUCAUCAGUUCUAUGGCGACAUGUAAAGAAAUUGACUUUGAAAACCAAUAUGCGUGUUGAAUUACAAAAUGAUGUAUCCGCCGAAUGUUUCUCAAAACAAUUGCUGGAAAUUGGGAAUGGGAAGAUGGCAAUAGACAGAUCUACACAAUGUAUCACAUUGCCAACAAAUUUUUGUAAGAUGACAUCAACCAAAGGUGAAUUGAUUCAAAAGGUUUUCCCAAAUAUUGUGCGGAAUUACAAAAAUCAUCAGUGGCUUAGUGCACAUGCUAUAUUAGCAGCUAAGAACAAAGAUGUCUAUGACAUCAAUUUCAGCAUUCAAAACAGAACACCAGGUGAAGCAACAACGUUUAAGUCAAUCGAUACUGUUAUGAAUCAAGACGAAGUUGUCAAUUACCCAACGGAAUUCUUGAAUUUACUAGAUUUGCCAGGAAUUCCACCACACAUUUUAACAUUGAAAACUGGAGUGCCUAUCAUUCUUCUCGUAACAUUAUUCCAUCACGACUUUGCAACGGUACAAGACUUUCGGUGAAAAGAUGAUGAACAAUGUCAUCGAAGCUACAAUUUUGAAUGGGAAAUUUAAGGGGGAAGAUGUACUGUUGCCACGUGUUCCAAUGAUCCCAACAGAUAUGCCAUUCGAAUUCAAACAUUUGCAGUUUCCAGUGCGAAUCACUUUUGCAAUG